AUGGUCGGGGCAACGCGCCUUGAGGAUGAGGAGCCAGAUACAGAGUCAGUGACUGUGGGUGUUGCGACUAGUUCUUUGCUCUUCACAGAGGCAAUCGAAGAUAUGCGUCUUACAAUCUUUAACGGUGAGGAGAAGCCCAAUGGGAAGAGCUUGACCUUUCAUGAUAUUGGGCCGAUUGCACCGUUUGAGGAGAAUGAGAACACUAAUGAUAUUGGGAUUGAUCUUGAUGCUAACCCUGAUAAAAAGUUCCUCAUCCCUGGUCUUUUAGAAGAUAUCAGGGCCUUCAUCAUGCGCGACUCCUCCAGCGAAGGCCGAGACCGCUGGUGCAACAAGGCCGGUGCUCUUGAUAUCGACGGUGAAUGCUGGUUCAUUCUCCGGGCUGACCCCAAGGAUCCAUACCUCACCCGCGAGACUGAAGAUACAGCUAUGAACUCGUUUGCUAACUACGAUAUCAAUAUUGAACACGUCUACUGCAACGAUAUUGCCUGCCAGGAUAAGCUGGGUGAUGGCCAGUUUGAUGAGUGGAACUCACUCUUCAACAACAUGGGGACUGAUUUUCUUCAGGCCCCGCCAAUGGAUGAAAUUGGGUAUCCUGAAUGCUUCUGGGGUUCGUUGCCUGUGUUCAGUGUGACGGAUGCCUCGAGGGAGAACGCGCUGGCUGCUUUGGCUGUUGAGGCUGCGGCGGAUGGGAUUUGUGUGUCGACUGCGUUCCCUGGGCCUUUCAAGAGUGAUCCUAUCAAGGCGCCAGAGUACCUUGGGGUGAAUGACUGUCCUUAUAUUCGCGGCAUAUGA